GAAUUUUCCUUUGGAUUAGCGUCUUCUAAAUGCGUAAUGAAGACACACCCACACCGGAAGUGCGACAACUGAGUUUUCUGACAUUUUCAUUUUGGUCAAUAACUGUCAGUUAUUUGUGUUUUCUUUAUGGAUAUUCUUCAAACAAGCUCAGUAUACUUUUAAUCUCGGAAACGGACAAAAGUGCGUCACAUGAAAAUUUCAUUGCGAGACUUUCUUUCUAUUGCCUGAUUUUUUUGCUAGCUAAGCUAACUUAGCUGACUGAGCUGUCACAUGAGCCGUUAGCCUGCUAGCCUAAUACUUAUGUGUUAAUGCAACACACUGGAAGUCAGUAUUAUUAAAAUGACUAUGUCUGAAAUCAUGUCUAUGGAAGAUUCAUUUUACGGACAGAUUUAAUGAAUAACGUUAGACUGUCAACGCCGUCGUCGGGCUGCUGCAAGCAUAGCUAGUUAGCGAAUGAAAAAGGCAUCCCACUAUAUUUAUUUGCAAAUUUAUUACGUUAGCGUUCAUUUGUUUUUCAGAAUACCACCUUUUUACUGUUAAUACUUUGCUCUCAUUCGUAGUCUUUGGUUUUAAGAUUUAAUAUGCUGGCACCACCAGUUCACACCAUCAUGCCGGCUCUUCUGGAUAGGCCCAAAUUGUCCAAUGCAAUGGCACGUGCCUUACACAAGCACAUUAUGAGGGAGAGGGAGCGGAAGAGGCAAGAGGAGGAAGAGGUUGACAAAAUGAUGGAACAGAAACUUAAGGAGGAGGAAGAGAGAAAAAGGAAGAAGGAGAUGGAGGAGAGGAUGUCUUUAGAAGAAACUAAAGAGCAGAUUUUGAAGAUGGAGGAGAAGCUGCAGUGUCUUCAGGAGGAGAAGCACCAGCUCUUCCUGCAGCUGAAAAAAGUCCUUCACGAAGAAGAGAAACGACGACGGAAGGAACAGAGUGACAUGACAACUCUGACUUCGGCAACAUACCAGUCCAACAUGGCCAUCCACACAGGACAGCACCUUAUCAGCAUGCAAGGAGGCCAGGUGAGUCAUGGGCGACCUGGUCCUCUUCUGGGAGAACGAAGCAAACAGCUCUUUCAGUCACCGGUCAUCCCAACGCGCCAUUUCCAGUCUCAGCCUGGAUAUAGUGCAAGUGGAACAGAGCAUGGACAGUACUCUGGAGCCCAGCCUACUCACAGCCCGUACGGAGUCACCCAACCACAGCAUACAUCACCUUUUGCUUCUGCUCAGCCGGUGCCAGCCAGCUAUGCCAGUGGUUCACAACUCAGAGGUGCAUCGGCAUUUCAGGCCAUGCAGUAUUUGCCCCAUCAGCAACAGGGCUAUGCAGUUCACAGUCACUUCACGUCACAGCAAGGAUAUAUUCCCAGCGCUGGGAUCCCUUUGCAGAAACAGCUGGAACAUGCAAACCAGCAGUCCGGCUUCACAGACUCUAGUCCUCUGAGGCCCAUGCAUCCCCAGGCUCUACAUGUCAGUGGUGGCGGUUUGCUGCAGUCUCCUUCCAUUGCUGUCCAGAUCUCUCCUGGCAAGUCUGGCUUACCAUAUGCACACCCAUCAAGGCCAGCUUCUCCAGGCGCAUUCACUCACAGCACACCCACACAACAAGCACAUGCAGCUACAUUUCAGAGCUCUUCUCAACCAACCCCUCGCCACACCUACCUCUCCCACUGCCAAUCAGGGCAGAGAUUUUAUCAUCACAGCAAAUAGAUAUCAUCUUCAUUGAUCAACUUGCUUGACAUUGGAGACAAGACAAGAUCCAUCCAUGUGAUGGAAAGCUCAAAGCAACACAGCACACAUAGCUUGGCAACAAAGUGUUAUGAUUUAGAACACAUGACUGUGUUACUGUCACAAGCACCUUUUUUCUCUGCUAGACCUCCCUUUUUUACAGGGUACAUGAUGUUUACCUAAAUAUUACAGUGGGAUGUGUCAGAAUGCUUAUUUUCUAUUUAUUUGAAAGCACCAGUGCCAAUGCUAGUAGCAUCUAUUUAAAAAAAAAAAAACUAAACUAGAAACAAAACAGAAUAUUCUGUUGUCACGUUUUUUAACAGACCUCCCACUCAGGGCUGUCUCUAAUUUACAUCAUUUAUGCACUUCCCAUAUAUUCAAGCAACCACAUGAAAUUAGUAUUUUCAUGAUUUUAAAAUUGUUAAUGCAAUGUUUAGCCAACAAACUGAAUGUACAUAAAUUGCACUUAGAAUUUAAAAUUAAUUAUGAAAUUCUGUUAAACAGAGUUUGUAAACAUAGUAAUAAAUAGUAAAUAUAUAUAUAUAUAUAUAUAUAUAUAUAUAUAUAUAUAUUGUUCUUUUAA